AUGAGUGAUACUGAAGUUCUCGAUUACGACAGACAAAGUAGUGUGGAGCCACAACCAUAUCCACAAUAUCAAACUCGUGUGGCCGUACCUAGAAAAACGGACCAUAUCGGACUUCAAUUACACAGCGAAGACGAUGAAGUUGUAUUUUAUGAAACUAAAACUGAUCCAUCUUUCCAUGUUACUCGAGCAUUGUUUAUUGCCAAUUUAAGACGUCCAAUAAAUGCAGCCCAUUUCCAAAGCUAUUUGAAGGAUUUGGUUCGAAAAGGUGGAGACUAUCAUAUCGAGCGUGCUUGGUUGAAUAGACUAAGAACACAUGCCAUAGUAUUGAUCGAUAAAGAAGAAGGUGCGCAGUAUUUGCGUUCGAAAUUACUUGGGUCCAUUUAUCCACCUGAAGAUGAAGACCAACAAUUGAGGGAGGAAUUUCAAGCUCAAGAGAUUCAAAGAUAUGAGAAUCAAGUUAGGGAAUAUGAGGCUGAAUUAGAUCGUAUCAUAGAUGAAAAGGAAAGAGAUUCACUUAAACCCCCAACCAAACCCAGAAAAUAUGUUACUGAAAGAAAUCCAUUAUUUGUUGACUAUAUUCCAGUUAAGGCAAUCAAUCAAUGGGUUUUUGAAGAAGAUAGGGGACCAAAGCAUGGAAAAUGGAGAAUCGAUUAUGAACACCGUGAGGGUGAAACAAUUGUUACUCAUACUCUUUUGAACGGUGACUUUAUUCCUCGAUACCCAGGACCACCACCUCGUCGUUCAUAUAGAGAUUCUGGUUAUCGAGAUGGUCCUCCGCCACCUCGUUACAGAAACGACUACUAUAGAAGGGGUCCUUAUGAUAGACCACCACCACCUAGAGGUGGAUAUCCAAGACCAUAUGAUAGAAGAGACAGAGACCGGACGAGAGAUUCAUACGUUCCAGGCGGACGUGAAGAAAGAAGGAGCCGAAGAACAGACACCUAUGAACCUUCUAGACAUACAGGUAGAGAGAGAUCGAGAUCAAGAUCAAGAUCUAGAUCCAGGUCUCCAAUGUAA